UGACCUCAACAUCCCUCCGGAGUGAGCACAGAUCGGCUUAACAUUCUUGGCUGUUGUGAAGGCGUCUUAUUACAAUGUGAUGCUAAGGAAUAGGCCUACUGUUGUGGAUAGUAUUAGGGAGUAAGGCCUAUACUUACUUCCCCCGAAGACUGGACUUGAUUGUUGACAGACUUUACAAAUACCUGCACCAGAACUGAUAAGCCAUGGAAAUAGCACUAGCCAGCCCGUUGUUCCGAGUUAUAUCAAAAGCAGCGUCAGUGAUUAGUAGAUUGCUGGACGCGACGAGCAACAAAAGAAACUUUGAGGUGCUGGCCAAUAAAGUGAAGCAUCUUCAGGCCAUUCUGGAGCGCUUACACACCAUGGGCAGACCAUUCCAAGGGGCACUGAGCAUGGGUGUGACGGAGUUCUCCUCCGCUCUGGAUUUGGCCGAGGAGCUUGUUAUACAGUAUGGACUCACCAAUAGGGUAGAGCGCUUUUUCAAGGCAUCCAGUUUGAAAGGCAAGUUCAAAAGUGUCUAUAAGAGACUAAAAAGUGCCGAACAACAGCUCCUCCUUGCACUGAGCGUCGAGCAAAGGCGUGCGGUGCCAGACGGGAGGAUGGGAGGAGGGUUCCUGGUGCCCAGUCAAGGAGGAGCACGUGGUGGUGGAGGUGGAUCAUCAGCACUCAUGCCGUAUCGGAGUGGGCCCUCACGGGGAGGAGGAGGUGGAGUUGUGGCAGGUGCAAUAGAAGUAACGGAGGCGGCCAUCCUCACACCUUUUGGCAUAAUCACGGCCACGGAGGUUAACAUAAUAACAAUAGAAGAGGAUGACGAUGACAAUGAUGAUGACAGUAAUGACGAUGACAGUAAUGACGAUGACGGUGAUGACGAUGACGAUGACAUUGAUGACGAUGACAUUGAUUACGAUGACAUUGAUGACGAUGACAUUGAUGACGAUGACAGUGAUGAAGAGCUUCAGUAUGGCGUAGGCCAGUUAGCUUUGCAUGGAUACUGCAGUAACUAUGGAGUUGGUUGCCGAGCGUAG